AUAAUUACAAUCAUUACCAAAACCUAUCAUAAAUAAUAAAAAUAAAAAUGAAAAUGAUAAUAAAAGCAUUAUUUUUAUUAUCAUUAAUUUUAAAUGUAGCAUUUUCACAAACUGGAAAUUAUCCAGCUGCUGGUUUAUAUGUUGGAAUUUCAAGUACAUUUUUAGCAAAUGAAGGAAAUGCUUUAACAGAAUAUGCAGAAAAUAAAAUUGAAAAUACACCAUUUAAUGAUAUUUCAGGUAAUAGCGGUGGUGUAUCAUAUAACUUUCAUGGAUUCAAAGUUGCAAUUACAUUGGAUGGAAUUUUUUACAAUGAAUUAAAUGAAGGUGUUUUCCAAAUCGGAUGGGAUACAGUAUCAUUUAAUCUUCAAUGGAACUAUCAUAUUUGUGAUCAUGUAUGCGAGGAUGGUACCGUUACAGUAUUUACUCAACAAGGCUCAACUGUUUCAGUUGCCACUAAUUUAGAUGUAGUUUUUAAUACUACUUCCACCACCAUUACAGCAGUUUCAAGUGAAAUGACAUUUGAUCAAGGUGCAGUUUCAUUAAAAGUUCAUUGUUACAAUACAAUUUGUAUUAUCCCAGUUAGCAAAAUUGCCAAUGAAGUCGCUUCACAAUUUGUAACACAAGUUCAAAAUGGCAUCACCAAUGGUAUCAAUGAAAAUACUCCAACCAUUGAAGCCCUUUUAAAUCCAAUCAGACAAUUACCAGAACAAUUACCAGGUGGAAACUCUUUAUGGGUCAAUCUCGAGGGUCAAUUAGUCGAAAGUAGCGAUACCUCUACCUAUACCCCAACUUUAACUGCCGCCUUUAACGGUGGUAUUAUUUUAGAAAACUCUGAUGGCAAUUUCAUUUACCCAACUCAAAACCCAACCUUUGUCCCAACCGCCUCACAAUUAGAAUCAUUCACCUCUGACUAUUGCAUUAGUGCCACUGGUUUCUUUUUCGAAUCAGUUCUUGAUGCUGGUUUUGCUUCUGUUUUCCCAUUAACCAUCACUCCAUCUGAAGUCCCAGCCGCCUCACCAGUCCAAUUAAAUACAUCUGAUGGUUUCUUUAGCUCAGUUGCUCCAGGUCUUGCCUCCUAUCCAAACCAACCAAUUCAAGUUAAUCUUUAUUCACCAGUUACACCAAUCGUCAGCAUGAACUCUACCGGUAUUGCUUUAUUAAACUUUGAAUUAUCUGCUGAUUUUGUUGUUAUCAAUGAUGGCAAUCCAUUUACUGCUUUCUCUACUCAAUUCCUCAUCGAUGCCGAAUUAGGAAGUAAAAUCUACACUCUUAGCUCAACACAAUUCUCAUUAAACAGUACAUUAAUUUCAAUGUAUCCAAAUGCCACUAUUCUCAGCUCAACAAUUGGUUCAGUUGAUCCAUCAGGUUUUGUUCAAUUAAUGCAAAUGUUCCAAGCUGUAAUUAAAAUUCCAUCAUUUGCCUAUACUGUACCAUCAACCUAUUCACUUUCAAAUUUAAAUCUUUCAUUCAAUAAUCAAUUAAUGCAAAUAACUUUAGAUUUAAUUAAACAAUCAAACGAAAAAGAAUUAAAAAUUUCUAAAAACAUUUUUCAUUUUAAUUAAUAAAUAAACUAAAUAAAUAUAUAAAACAAAUAAAAUUUUAAAUUAUAU